AUGGGGUUCAAGUGGAAGAAAUGUGGUUCCAAAAGAAAAUGUUUGAUUGAAAGGCCCGACAUUGUUAAUUGGAGGUUUAAGUAUUUGCGAGAGAUAAGAAAGCUAAGGGAACAAAAAAGGAAAAUUUUCUAUCUGGACGAAACUUGGAUAGACAGUAAUUUAACGUUCCAGAAAUGUUGGCAAAGUGUAGACGUCGAUGGUGUGUUACCUGAUAUGAACGCGUCAAACCGCGUGAUUGUCGUAGACAUUGGGUCAAACGAAGGGUUUUUGCAGGGGGGUCGGCUUAUUUAUAAGGCAAACAGUGCCAAAGGAGACUACCAUGGCCAAAUGAAUUUUUCCAACUUUGAAAAAUGGAUUAGGGAACGUGUAUUGCCAAAUUUACCGCCAAAUUCAGUCAUAGUCAUUGACAACGCUCCGUAUCAUGGAGAACAGGAAGACAAAGUCCCUAAUAAGUCUUCAACAAAGAAAGUAAUGGUUGAGUGGUUGUCAAAACACGGCGAAGACUAUGAACAAAAUACAACUAGGAAAGCAGAACUUUUUGAAGCCAUUGAAAGACUUAAACCACCACAAAAAGUUUACAAAAUUGAUAACUUGGUACGACAACAAGGCCACACCAUUUUAAGACUUCCGCCUUACAUGUGUGACUUAAAUACCAUAGAAUUUGUCUGGGCAAAAGUUAAACAACAUGUUCGAUCAAGAAACACAACAGGUAGCAUGUCCCUGGGCGCAUUGACUGACUUGGCAAACGAGGCGCUUAACUCUGUUACCCCUGCGUUGUGGAAAAAAUAUUCCGAACAUGUAGAACAUACAGAAAAUGAGUACUGGACGACGGAUGGCAUAGUGGAAAACGCGGUCGAUGAACUUGUCAUCAAUUUGGGAGGCGGAGAUGAUUCAUCGACAGAGGAUUCCGACUCUGAACCCCAUGAUACAGACGAAGAAGAUUUGGAGUUAGCCCAGCCUUUGCCAAUGAACAUCGAUUAA